CGCUCCGGGAGCGGCGGCGGAACCCGGAAGCGGCGGCGGGUUCCGGUCGGUCCCGGCCGGUCCCGAUCCCCACUGCCUCUCCCGGCGGCGCAUCCCCACCCGCCGGCUCCCGGCAGCCGCUGUCCCACGGUCCGUGUCCCGACGGAUUCCGUUCCCAGUGGGCCCCGGGCAUGGCGGGCCGCGGGAAGCUGAUCGCGGUGAUGGGCGACGAGGACACGGUGACCGGGUUUCUGCUGGGCGGCAUCGGGGAACUGGACAAGCACCGGCGGCCCAACUUCCUGGUGGUGGAGAAGGAAACAAGUCUGGCGGAGAUCGAGGAGACGUUCCGGGGUUUCCUGGCGCGGGAGGACGUGGGCAUGAUCCUGAUCUCGCAGGCGCUGGCGGAGCAGAUCCGGCCGGCGGUCGCCGCCCACGCCCGGGCGCUGCCCGCGGUGCUCGAGAUCCCCUCCAAGGACCACCCCUACGACCCGGCCCGGGACUCGGUGCUGCGCCGCGCCCGGGGGCUCUUCGCGCCCGACGAGCUGCGAUAGAGCCCCCCAGGACCCCCGGCCCCUCCCCACACCCCCCAAAUCCCCCUCUAACUCCCCCCAGUACCCCCUGUGUGCCAGCCCCCGCAGCUCGCCCAGUCUGUCCCCUGCGCCCGUGGCCUCUUUGCACCCAGUCACGGGUGACUGACUCCCCCAGACGGUCCCCGGUACCUUCCCAGCAGCCCCAAAAGGUCCUCCACCACUCCCCCAGCUUCUUACACUCAACAACCUGUGGUA